ACACAUGAGGAAAGUUUGAUUUCAUAGGCUGUCACUGUUGAUUUUGUCUAACCUUUGGACUAACUGGUUCAUCCCGGUAUAUUUGCACUGAUAUAUAAGACUUCCAGGACAUUGGAGAAACUCAUCUAUCCUUUACGGCAAGGAUACCUACAGUACCUGAAACAACCAUGGCGUGGAAAACACUUCCCAUUUACCUGCUAUUGCUGCUGUCUGCUUUCUUGAUUCAGCAAGUUUCAUCUCAAGAUUUAUCAAGCUGUGCAGGGAGAUGUGGGGAAGGGUAUUCUAGAGAUACCACCUGCAGCUGUGAUUUUAACUGUCAACACUACAUGGAUUGCUGCCUCGAUUUCAAGAGAGUCUGCACUGUGGAGCUUUCCUGUAAAGGCCGCUGCUUUGAGUCCUUCGAGAGAGGGAGGGAGUGUGACUGUGAUGCCCAAUGUGAGAAGUAUGGCAAGUGCUGUCCCGAUUAUGACCGUUUCUGUGAAGCAGUGCAUAAUCCCACAUCACCACCAUCUUCAGAGAAAGCACCUCCACCUCCAGGAGCAUCUCAAAGCAUCAAAUCAACAACCAAACGUUCACCCAAACCACCAAACAAGAAGAAGACUAAGAAAGUUGUAGAGUCAGAGGAGAUAACAGAAGAACAUUCUGUUUCUGAAAAUCAAGAGUCCUCCUCCUCCUCCUCCUCUUCCUCUUCUUCUUCAACUAUUCGGAAAAUCAAGUCUUCCAAAAAUUCAGCUGCUAAUAGAGAAUUACAGAAGAAACCCAAAGUAAAAGAUAACAAGAAGAACAGAGCUAAAAAGACACAUGCCCCCAAACCACAAGUUGAAGAUGAAGCUGGAAGUGGACUGGACAAUGAUGACUUCAAGGUCACCACAACUCCUGACAUGCCUACCACCCAACACAAUAAAGUCACCACAUCUCCCAAGACUACAACAGCAAAACCAAUAAAUCCCAGACCCAGUCUUCCACCUAAUUCUGAUACAUCUAAAGAGACAUCUUUGACAGCCAAUAAAGAGACAACAGUUGAAACUAAUGAAACUACUAAAACAGACAAACAGACUUCAACUGAUGCAAAAGAGAAGACCACUGCAGCUAAAGAGACAAAAAGUGUAGAGAAAACAUCUGCUAAAGAUUUAGCACCUACAUCUAAAGUGCCGGCUAUACCUACGCUCAAAGCUGAAACUACAACCAAAGGCCCUGCUCUCACCAUCUCCAAGGAGCCUGCACCCACCACUCCCAAGCAGCCUGUACCCACCACCACCAAGGAGCCUGCACCCACCACUCCCAAGGAGCCUGCACCUACCACCACCAAGAAGCCUGCACCCAUCACCACCAGGGAGCCCACACCCACUACUCCCAAGGAGCCUGCAUCUACCACUCCCAAUGAGCCUGUACCCACCACCACCAAGAAGCCUGCACCCACCACCCCCAAGGAGCCUGCACCCACUACUCCCAAGGAGCCUGCACCCACCACCACCAAGGAGGCUGCACCCACCACUCUCAAAGAGCCUACACCCACCACCACCAAGAAGCCUGUACCCAUCACCCCCACGGAGCCUGCACCCACCACUCCCAAGAAGCCUGUCCCAAUUACCCCCAAGGAGCCUGCACCUACCACCUCCAAAAAGCCUGUACCCACUACCCCCGAGGAGCUCACACCCACCACUGUGGAUGAGCCUGCUUUCACCACCCCCGAGGGGCCCGCUCCCACCACCGUGGAUGAGCCUGCUUUCACCACCCCUGAGGAGCCCAAUCCCACCACCCCUGAGGAACCUGUACCCACCACCCCCGAGGGGCCCGCUCCCACCACCCCUGAGGAACCUGUACCCACCACCCCCGAGGAGCCCGCUCCUACCACCCCUGAGGAGCCCGCUCCCACCACCCCUGAGGAGCCCGCUCCCACCACCCCUGAGGAGCCCAUACCCACCACCACUGAGGAGGCCGCUCCCACCACUCCCAAGGCACCGGCUCCCACUAGCCCUAAGGAACCUGCUCCAACUACCCCCAAGAAGCCUGAACCCACUACCCCCAAGAAGCCUGAGCCCACUACUCCCAAGAAGCCUGAACCCACUACCCCCAAGAAGCCUGAGCCCACUACCCCCAAGAAGCCUGAACCCACUACCCCCAAGAAGCCUGAGCCCACUACCCCCAAGAAGCCUGAACCCACUAUCCCCAAGAAGCCUGAGCCCACUACCCCCAAGAAGCCUGAACCCACUAUCCCCAAGAAGCCUACUCCAACUACUCCUAAGACACCAAUCACUUCAAAGGCCUCUACUCCAGCUACCACCAUGGAGCCACCCUCUAGCACCGAGGGCCCUGAUGAAUCAACUCCUGAGCUUUCUGCAGAACCCACAACUAAGACUCCUGCAUUGACUAACCCUGAAAUGACUACAACAGCUAAAGACAAGACAACAGAAAAAGACAUACGUACUACACCUGAAACUGCAACUGCUGCACCUAGGAUGACAAAGGAGACAACUACAACAGAAAAAACCACCGAGCCCAAAAUAACAAGUACGACCACACAGGUACCACCUACCACAACUCAAGAUACCACAUCAUUCAAAAUUGCUACUCUCAGAGCAACUACUCUUGCACCCAAAGUAAGUGCUCCAACAACAAAGACAAUUACUACAACUGAGACCAUGAACACACCCGAAGAAACACCUAACCCAAAAGAUACAGCUACUAAUUCUAAAGCGACAACUCCUAAACCUCAAAAGCCAAAAGGCACCCAAGAAAACCUCAAAGCACCCAAAACACCCACUUCUACCAAAAAGCCAAAAACACCUCCUCGAGUGAGAAAACCGAAGACGACACCAACUCCCCGCAAGAUGACAUCGACAAUGCCAGAAUUGAACCCUACCUCAACAGUGGCAGAAGCCAUGAUCCAAACUACCACCAGGCCUAACCAAACUCCAGACUCCAGACCAGUUGAAGUGAAUCCAAAGAAUGAAGGUGCAAAUGGUGCUGAAGGAGAAACAGCUCACACGAUUCUCAGGCCCCAUGUGUUCACGCCUAUCGUCAUUCCAGGCACGGAUUACUUACUGCAAGUACCCAAUCAAGGCAUUUUCAUCAAUCCCAAGCUUUCAGAUGAGACCAACAUAUGCAAUGGUAAGCCAGUAGACGGACUGACUACUUUGCGCAAUGGGACAUUAGUUGCAUUCCGAGGUCAUUAUUUCUGGAUGCUAAGUCCAUUCAGUCCACCAUCUCCAGCUCGCAGAAUUACUGAAGUUUGGGGUAUUCCUUCCCCCAUUGAUACUGUUUUUACUAGGUGCAACUGUGAAGGAAAAACUUUCUUCUUUAAGGAUUCUCAGUACUGGCGUUUUACCAAUGAUAUAAAAGAUGCAGGGUAUCCCAAACCAAUUGUAAAAGGAUUUAGAGGACUAACUGGACAAAUAGUGGCAGCGCUUUCAAUAGCUAAAUACAAAAACCGUCCUGAAUCUGUGUAUUUUUUCAAGAGAGGUGGCAACAUUCAGAAGUAUAUUUAUAAACAGGAACCUGUACAGAAGUGCCCUGGAAGAAGGCCUGCUCUGAAUUAUCCAGUGUACGGAGAAACGACACAGGUUAGGAGACGUCGCUUUGAACGCGCAAUUGGACCUUCUCAAACACACACCAUCAGAAUUCACUAUUCACCUGUCAGACUGCCUUAUCAAGACAAAGCUACAGAUUUCCUUCAUAAUGAAGUUAAAGUGAGUACACUGUGGCGAGGACUUCCAAAUAUGGUUACCUCAGCUAUAGCACUGCCUAAUAUCAGAAAACCUGAUGGCUUUGAUUACUAUGCCUUUUCUAAAGAUCAAUACUAUAACAUCGAUGUGCCUAGUAGAACAGCAAGAGCAAUUACUACUCGCUCUGGGCAGACCCUAUCCAAAGUUUGGUACAACUGUCCUUAGACUGACGAGCAAAGGAGCAGUCAACUAAUGAAGAAAAGAAUAAUAAAUUUUGACACUGAAAAACAUUUUAUUAAUAAAGAAUAUUGAGUCAAGUAUACCAA